AUGCGGAAACUAGCAGGAACUAGCUGGGGAGCAAAUGAGACAAUCCUCAAGAGAGUAUAUCAAGGAACUGUACGGCCGCAUCUUGAAUACGGCUCAUCAGCCUGGUCAACCACUGCAAAGACCAACCAGCAAGCUUUAGACAAGGUUCAAAACCAAGCUCUGCGAAUCAUAACGGGAUCCAUGAAGUCUACACCCAUUAAAGACAUGGAAAAAAGUGCAGCAAUACAACCCCUUGGUGAGAGGAGAGAUGCCAAGAUCAUGAUCCAGGCAGAGAAAUUCAGGUACCUGCCCAAUCAUCCAAUGAAACAAAGAAUGGAUGGUCUGACAAAGAAUCGUCUCAAACGUAGCAGUUUCAUCCACCAAAGUAGAAGACUUACUAGAGAACACCAAGCUAACCCGUUACCAAAAACACUUCCAUUUUGCCCAACAGAUCUUCCACAACCAUGGAAUGAUGAACAAGCCAAUCUACAGAUCAGCAUGUCUGUCCCACAGUUGGCUUCAGCAGACUCCCAAAACGACCUGGUCAAACGGUCACUGGCAAUGGCUAUGAUCGUGACCGGUACCCAGAAGAAUCUUGGAUCCAUGCAUACACUGAUGGUUCGUCAACAAAUGCUGGUGGCCAAUGGAGGGGCAGGCUGCUACAAUGAUCAAGGAUGCAAAAGAAGACUGUCACAAGUUGUCUUCCUCACAGAUGCUCUCUCAGUCCUACAAGCCUUGCAAGGGGAAAAACUUCCUCACCUGAAUGAAGCCAUGCAAGAGGUAGCAAAGGAAAGACGAGUAGCUCUACAGUGGAUCCCAGCACAUUGUGGGAUUCCAGGAAAUGAGGAAGCAGACAGGCUAGCCAAGCUAGGAGCUAAUCAUGUACAGCCCAGCAACAACAUUAGCUUCUCAGAGAAGAAAACCUUGAUAAAGGCAGCCAACAGACCCAGGACAGAACAAGAUGAUUACCACCUUCUCAGUCGCUUGGAACAAGUAACUCUGUUGAGACUCCGGACAGGCCACAACCGACUGAAUGCUCACAUGUUCAGAAAGUUUAAACUUGCAGCAACACCAACCUGCAGUUGUGGCCUGGAAGACCAAACAGCAGAACACAUCUUACAGGCGUGUCCAAUUCAUCAAGACCUGAGACAAGCUGAGUGGCCAAUCGAAACUGCCAUACACACCAAACUCUAUGGAAAGAGAGGCGAACUGGAAAAAACAGCUCAUUUUAUCUUACAGACUGGACUAUUGGUCUAA